CCUGUAAGAGCUCCAUUUAACAUCAGCCUUACAUUACAAUCACCCAAGCAGUGAUGCUCCACUUAAGUGACCGUGGGUCCAUGGCCUGAGGCUCAGAGAGGCAGGAGAAGAUCAGGGAAUCAGGUCAUAAAACCAAAACCUCCUUCUGGCCGAUAUGUUGAACAAUGUACCAGACAAUGCUAUACCCAUUCAGAUGCAACCUCAAUGGCAGAGUGUGUCUGGGAUCCUUCAGCAGGGCUCUCGGCCAUACCCUGUUGUACCCCCAGGACUUGAAUCCCUUGUGGAGGUGGAUGAAUUAACAUUGGAGAAAAUGGUUUUCCAGACCAAUGGGGGAAAGAUACUCUAUUCCGUACACAAAGGCUGGAGGUGCUGCGGAACCCCUCUGAUACUCAAAUUCAAAGACCCUUGUGGACAGGAAGUUGUGCGGGCAAAUUUAUUGUAUGAAGGAAGAGGAUGCUACAGUGUCUGCAAGGAGCUGCAGGUAGAAGCUCCACCUGAACAUCCAAUUGGCUUUGUGAAACACAGUUAUUCUAAUGGUUGCCUGCAAUUCUCCAUCAAGGAUGACCAGGGGAAGCCCAUAUUUACAACUCAGACUAGCGCUUAUGCCUUUCUGGAGAUCCCCAUCCAGAUAUGUGGGACACAUGGAUCUCAUGUUGUGAGCCAGAUAACAAAGACAGACGGUAAGGGUUCCCAAAUUCUCAUACAGUUUCCCAAGGACCUAGAUGCUAAAAUGAAAGCUUUGAUCCUGGGAACCUUCCUAUACAUGAAAUACUGGGCUUAUUCGAUUAACAAUCGCAGACCCUCUCCUACUUCUGGAACGUUUUGAAGUGGGGAUUUGUUUUAUGUAAUUCAAUGCGGAAACAAAACUGAAGAUGAGAAAACUCACCCCAUGCCAAGGGGUAAACACUCCCUGUUCUGUCACGCCUAAUCACGUCUCCGGAUCCUGAUGAACUUGUAUAACAAUGCUGCAAAUUUCUUAGAGCACCAGGCAACUUAGGUCAUAAAAUCCUCAUUUUAUUGGGUAUAUUAAAAACAAUUAUUCCCACGCAGUAGUGUAUCAUACCCCACACUUGUGUUUCGUGGCAUCACGCCACUUCCUCAGAAGCAUAAGUUGUUUUUAUGUAAUAAAAUGUAAUAAUAAAAACAGAUUCAAAGCUC